AUGCACCCACUACGUCCGGUUCGGCCGGACGCCCUCGCCUCCCCGAAAGGUAUGACCCGGGAGGCGGCUGCUAUCGUUCGCCGGCAGGACUCGACUUCUGUCGACUCGUUGUUUCCCGAGUCCGAGGCCCUCCUCGGCUCUUCGAGCACAGCCUCUCCGGGUCUGGUCGACUUUGAAUUUGCUGGUUUUGGAGAUUUGUCCGACUCGAGACCGUCGACUGCCUCGUUCGAGCAGACUAGUCGAAGCGAAAGGGGUCAGGAUAGCGGCUGCUCAUCGUGGAGCCAGGGUGUUAAUUUGCCGCCGCCCGAAGGGGUGUCAGCCGACGGCGACUCAAGUCCAGCCCCAGAAUCCUCCGUUGCCCAUCGACAGCCCAUCAGUCGGCCGACAACUCGUUUGGCUCAACUCGACUGCGCCGGCGCUAUCGACGACGAGCUGCAGGACACCAUGUUUGUUCGAGCCCUCGACGACUGUCUGCUCCUCCGCUCGCCACCGACUCCAGGCGACGCCUCGGCCGACUCGUCGUCCUCCAUCGCCGUCGACAGAGCCGAUGGCGGCGGCGGCGGCUGCGGCGGUCGUCGGGUACAGGUGGCAUCGCGAUGUCGAACCCCGCAGCCAGGCGAGCCGGACUCGACGGUUGCCACGCCGACGGCUCUGGUGCCCGGCCACUUUCGACCAAUCGUACUGGCGCCGGGCUCGACGAUACUGGACAGCGUGGUCUACCGACGCUCGGACACUCUGGUGCCCAGUCCGGCCUCAGGGGGCAUCCACGAUCCCCCUCCGGCCUUGGACACCGCCGUCUGGUCCGAGCUAGUUGCCACGCGGAGGCUCGAGCUCGAGUCUGCAUUCGCGCCCGACUCUUCGGCACCGCCGGUGCAAGCUGCCCCGUCACGGCCAACUUCGCUGGUCAACUGCAGGUCCUGUUCGGCGCCACUCGCCUCGGCUGAGGAGGGUAUCGUCGGCGCCGACUCGGGGGCACUCGUAGCCGUUGAAGAGAGGCUGAUUGGCCGAGAUUUGCGACUGUCCGCACACCCGCUUCUACUUCGACACAGCGGAUUUGAGCAGCCGUUAUUCGGUCCUGAGGCCUCGACCACAGUCGGCCUCGGAGAAGCUGCGUCAAGCCUGAAUUCCAUGCCUCAACGGCCCAUCUCACGGUACAGCCUCGAUGCGAGUCGCCUUGAGGAGCUGGGGACUGCUUGGCCGUCGCCUCAGGAGCCGAGGCCCUGGAGACCUCCGCAUCGUUUGUCUGGUGAGUCGUGUUUUUCCCAUAGUCCCCCAGUCUUUUAUCAACUCCAUUUCACAACUCCGAUAUUGUCAUCUGUUAAAGAUAGGAAGGCGGAAUUUUGA